AAAAUAAUUAAGAAACAGGAAAUCCAAAGGAGUCCCCUCCUUCCUUUGUCUCUCUCAGAAUUUCUGCGGGAGAUCUCUCUCUCUUUUCCUCCAACUAGGUAUUCUAUCGCAAUUUAUUCAUCGGUGAAACUCCAACUCCUGAUUUUGUUAAUGUUAACAAGGGAAAAUUUGAGUUAUGGGACAAAGGAACAUGCUGUGCACAAGUCAGAUUGAUCUAGAAAUGGAUCAGCAAGGCCAGGGAUAUCUGCAUCCUGAACCCUGCAUUCUCUUGGGGGGCAUAACCAACUUCCCACAGCCUGAUAUUCAGAGAGUGGUUACAGCUUCAGGCAAUACAGCUAAUGCUGAUGGCCAUCAUCUACCAGAGCAUUACGAGAAUGCUAUUUUUUAUGGGAUGCCACAAUACCAUGGCGUUCAACAUCAUCCUCAGCAUCAUGUGCCAAAUCUUGACUUGGGUGCUGCUGCUGCACCCAACUUUUAUGUUCCUUACAUGGCCCCAUCUUCUGCUAUUUCUUUAAGUCAUGGAUCUCGUGAUCAUUUACCAUCUUCCACCAAUUACGGAGUCAUUGGAGUUUCAGCUGAUGAGUAUGGAACAAACAACCACUUCAUGGAUAAUGCCAGAGGUUCAUACAAGAGAAAGAAUGCUGAAGGCAACCCAGGGAAUUUCCAGUAUUUUAAUGCAUCAGCAAGCUCCAGUUCUUCAGCAACCCCCUUAAAUGCGAGACAUCCUGAUGGGGUUGCUGUUAUGGAUGCUGCAUCUUUCACCCCACCUCAAAUUCAAUACAGGGGUAGUACCCCAUCAAUUAGGGAGGUGGGAUCUCAUAGAAGUGUGAGGAACAGAUUAGGGGCUACUGGGCUGGAUCCGGUUCCGCCUCACAAUCAGAAUCACUUUUUCCAGGGAAACUACAUGAGUCAGCCCUUUCAGCCAUCUGGUUCUCUAUGGUUGGAUCCACAGCUAAGCAAUAAUCCCAGUGAUGCAGGAGCCUCAGCAUGGACCCAGAACCCAGCUAUUAGUUACAUGCAUGGGAGCAAUGUCAGUGGGGUUGAGACUGGGAGCAUGGGUCCACAGCGUUAUCAUGACCUGUCUGGCAACAGAAGCAACUCAAGCUUCUUGCAUCCUUCUCCUACCACCCUCCGGCACCAACAUUUUCAUCACUUGUCACCUCCUGUUCAAGGCAUGAGAGGGCACAAUCUCAAUGUUUUUCCUCAAUUGCCAGCUGUUUCAUUUAGAGGCCUUGCAAGCUAUGCUUCACAGAGCAAUGUGAAUCCAUCUCAGGAUGCUAUUGAUGUUGGAGUUAGGCAUCCAGGAUCUGUCCAACCAAGUAGCCUGAGGAUAUACAGACCUCACCAUGAGGGAGUUAUAUCUGAGACAGCCAUAAGACACCGAAAUGUUCCUCAUCUUAGAGUCUUGCCAACUGAUGGGGUUGCUGUGCUAGAGCUCCCUGACUAUUAUGAGAUAGAGAACUAUGUUGAUCAUCACAGUGAUAUGCGCUUGGAUAUUGAGGAUAUGUCUUAUGAGGAGCUUCUUGCACUUGGGGAGAGGAUUGGCAAUGUGAACACUGGGUUAUCAGAGGAAGCCAUCAGAAGUCGAUUAAAGACGAGGAAAUAUUUAUCAUCACCAAUGUCAAUCAAUCUGGAAGAGACAGCUUGUCUAGAUCAAGAAUCUGAUGCUUGCAUUAUAUGCCAGGAUGAUUACAAGAAUCAAGAGAAGAUUGGCACUCUAGAUUGUGGACAUGAGUACCAUGCAGAUUGCUUGAAGAAGUGGCUGCGCGUGAAGAAUGUGUGCCCUGUCUGCAAAUCUGAAGCGUUGACUGCUGUAAGGAAGGACGUGUAGGAGCAGUAAUGGCACCCCUCAGAAAGAGUAUACAUAUAUAUAUAUAUAUAUAUAUAUAGAGGAAAGGGGUGAUGGUUGGAUGGUCAUUUAAAAAUGGCUGUAUGUUCUUUCUGCUAAUUAUUUACUAUGGGCGAAGUUGGUAUUUUUUUUUGGUAUGUAUUUUGUACAUCUACAUGCAGAUAAUACAACUAACAGUCACUGAGAAUCGUUAAUUUGUUGGUCCUGUAUUUAUCAAACUUGUACAGAUUUACUCAUUAUGCAUUUGCAUGCUUGUAUUAUUAACUUUCAUUUUCAUGUUCA